CACCAUUCUUCCUCUGCACAGGUUGUGAUAAAUCUCCCCCAUGAUUUCUAAGAUAAAACUGCAGCUUGUGAAUAUACCCUUAAAUGUCUGAAUGGCCACAGCUGAUCACUGUGUCUUAUAAUGGAGGGAGGGAACAUUAACCCCUGAGCCAAGAUGGUUAAGACUGGAACAAACGGAUUUAAGAAACAGUAAGACGGUUGAUACCUGUCCAAUCACAAUGGGAGAUCAAGACACAAUGACUGAGGUUCCUGCUGCACUGAAACGACUGGCCAAGUAUAUGGUUCGUGGAUUUUUUGGAUUGGAGCAUUCCCUGACCCUGGAUGUGCUCAUCCGGUAUUCUUGUGUCAAGGAGGAGGACAUAGCUCUGCUCCUUAAAUUCGAAAAGAGGCAACUCCGAGCGAUCCUCAACACCUUAAGGGCUGAUAAGUUCAUCAAGUGCCGCAUGCGUGUGGAAACCGGCGCCAAUGGCAAAAGCACCAAACACAACUAUUACUACAUCAAUUACAAAGUGCUGGUAGAUGUGGUCAAGUAUAAACUCGAUCAUGUCCGUCGCAAGAUUGAGUCGGAUGAGAGAGAAUCCACCACGAGAGCUUCCUUUAAGUGUCCUGGGUGUCUCAGCACUUACUCUGAUCUGGAGGUGAACCAGCUGUUUGACCCAUUCACAGAGCUCUUUCGCUGUACUUACUGCAAUGCAGAAGUAGAAGAAGACUUCUCAUCGAUGCCAAAAAGAGAUGCCAGGACAUUACUUGCUAAAUUCAAUGAGCAGAUUGAACCGAUUUUUGGGCUUCUCCAGGAGACAGAAGACAUUGUGCUCCCAUCUGAGUUGCUGGAGCCACAGCCCGCAUAUAUUCCAGAGCUUUCCAACAGCUGUGAACAGGGAUCUGACACAACAGUUGUUGAUAUGCAAGGGAGAUGGGCGAACAGGACUUCAUCUGUGGAUAUGUAUGUUCAAAACGUGACUAUAAAUGUCCGCGAGCAUGAGCUUAAAAAGGUAAAAGAAAAGAAGGGCAAGGAGCAGCCUGUGUGGAUGAAGGAAAGUACUGUGUCUGUACCUGAAGCCCAUCCAGAAGACAUAAAGGCUGAUCUCUCACCUGAAGUAGAAGAGAAGGUGGACGAAAAUGCCAAUAAGGAAAGUGUUUGUGACAAUGAAGUAAUAAGGACUCUCUUAAUCCAUGAAAUGAAAUCUGGAUCUGGUCCACCUGUCUCUCAGAUUACUAAAAGUGAUUCAGAAAGCGACACCAGUGAGUCCGAUGAAGAAACAAAACGCACAAAUCCAGGGGCAGGAAAACCUUUGAUCAGUGCAGAGGAAGAGGCUGAGGACGAUGAUCCAGUGGUCAUGGUUGGUGGCCAGCCCCAUGUGUACAGUGAGGUCAGUCAAAACCCAAGUCUUGUGUCAUUCAUGACUGAGGAGGAGAGAGAAGCGUACAUCAAAAUAGGGCAAGAAAUGUUCCAGUCUGCAUUUGAGUGACAUAUCCUUUAUACUAAAACCAGACUAGAAAAUGUCUGUGAACUUAAAUGUGUUUGCAUCAUGUUCUUCUGUUUUGUCUCACACAUCUUAUUUUUGUGCAUUACACACAGUGAAGUUGUGUAAAUAAACA